UUGACGGACGAUUGCAAGCUUUUAUGAGGGGCGAGCUCAGACACAAAAUUAAACUAUUGAGAAUUUGGAAGUUUCCAGUGAUUUAAUCCCCCCUUCCCUACUCUAUGGCUUCUGGUUCCAACAUGGACAUAGAGGGCGCGACCCAGCACCUUCGGGACAUCUUGAAACUGGAUCGUCCCGGUAAUUCGGCCGAGCCUUUGGUAGAGAGCCAGAGAAAACCUUCUUUUAAUGGAGAGUUGAAUGGCGUUCUUGGAGCGGAUCUUAUUGGAGCAGGAGGACUUGCAACAAUGGUGGAGCCAGCUGCUCACAACUCAGACAAACUUAACGGACAGGACACACAGACUAUCUGCCUUUCAGGAGAUGAUGGGUCCACUUGUGUCCCCAUCAGAGCAAACAAUGUUGAAAUCGUGUCCAGUCGUGACUCUAGUAUUGACAGUAAGGCUCGUGGCAGCAACAAGGUUAAAAUUCAGCCCGUGGCCAAAUAUGACUGGGAGCACAAGUACUACUAUGGCAAUUUAAUAGCUGUGUCCAACUCGUACUUGGCUUAUGCCAUCCGAGGUGCAAACAAUCAUUCUAUGAUCCGAGUGCUGCGGCUGGGAUCAACUGAGCGUUCGCUGCUGAAGGGCUUCACCGGUGCCGUCACAGACCUUGCUUUCGCCCACUUGGACUCCACCCUUUUGGGUUGCGUGGAUGAGGCUGGAAAUAUGUUCAUUUGGCAACUCACUAGCCACAGCAGCAAAAUACAAGAUGAAGUGAUCGUUCACAUCCGAAGGCCAGAGGACACUCCACUAAAUUCCAACCGCAGACUCAUCUGGUGUCCCUUCAUCCCGGAGGACAAUGAUGAGAGUCCAGAGGAUGCGUGUCAGACACUGGCACUCCUUCAUGAAGACAGAGCUGAGGUUUGGGACCUAGACAUCCUCCGAUCCAAUAACAGCUCAUGGCCUGUGGAUGCCACAGAACUGAAAGAGGGCUUCAUCACCAUUAGAGGACACACAGCACGCAUUAGUGAGGGAGCUCUGUCCCCUGACGGCACGGUCUUGGCCACAGCCAGUCAUGAUGGAUUUGUAAAGUUCUGGCAAAUUUACAUUGAAGGACAGGACCAACCCAGCUAUGAUGAGCAUAAGAGACUUCUUUCAAAAACACAAAAUCUUACCGACUCCAAACCAACCAAACGAUGCCUGCAUGAAUGGCAGCCACAUAAUGGUCGGCCUCUUUCCUGUCUGCUCUUUUGUGACAACCACAAGAAGCAAGACCCAGAAGUUCCUUUCUGGCGCUUCCUGAUCACUGGAGCUGAUCAGAACCAGGAACUUAAGAUGUGGUGCACAGUGUCGUGGACAUGCUUACAAACUAUCAGGUUUUCCCCAGAUCCAUUUAACAGCAGUGUUCUACCCAGCCUGAAGGCUAGUUUGGACCUUUCUGCAGAAUUUCUCAUCCUCAGUGAUGUUCAGAGGAAGGUGUUGUACGUCAUGGAGCUGUUACAGGAUCAGGAAAAAGGCCGCGCUAGCUUCACUGCAGUUUCAGAGUUUCUGCUUACGCACCCUGUGCUAAGCUUCGGCGUGCAGGAUGUUGCUCGCGCCAGACUGCGCCACACAGAGGUCCUUCCCCCUGAUGAAGAAAGUGAAAGCAUGACGACAGAAGGAAACCAGGGACCCUCUGAGUCCAAAUCAGGAAUCCAGAUUAAACUCUACUGUGUUCAUACAAAAUCACUACAGGAUGUGCAGAUCUGGUUCCAGCCCAAUCAGGGAGCCUCAUCCUCCCUCUUUAUGCCACAGUCUGGAUCACCUGGAUCACAGGAUGGCUUUGGUUUUUCUGACCCACUUGCUGAUCUGAAUGUGGAGGCAAUGAGCUCUGAUAAAGAGUCUGGAGAUAGUGGAUCACAGAAUGACCUGAGUAAGAUUCUGGCUCUUCCAACUCCAGCUGACUUCAUGAGUCCAGCCCCAUCAGCCUUGCCCAAACUCAUGACCCCAGAUGCCUUCAUGACGCCCAGCACCUCCAUGCCUGCUUCUCCUGGCAGCAGUGCCAGCAGCCUGACCAUAGUCACUGCUAUGAGCAGCUCAGACAGCGGUGCAAGAGGUGGAGAUGAUCUGGCCCAGAGCCCUAAAAUGUCUGUUGAAUGUGGAAACAGCAGCUUGACUCUGAAUGCCAGCUCAAGCAGUCCGAGAUCCAACUCUAUUCUCAUCUCAGGCCUUGGGGAAAAUAUCCAGGUUUCCCCUCCAAACCCUCCUCUCUCCCUGGAUCUCCAGGCCAUAGACCCUAUGGUUGUCCCCCAGGCCUCACCGACGAGAGCUCGCUCUCCAGAUGUCAUCUCCUCUGCUUCUACGGCAAUGUCCCAGGACAUCCCCGAGAUCGCCUCUGAGACCCUGCAGAGGGGGCUGGCCAGCGCCGCUGCUGACUCAGGCCCUGUCCUACAUUCUGACAGCAUGGCAUCAGCCGCAUCAGUCCUCCACCUGUUGUCUCCGAGAGCCCGGAGCAGUGCUGAGCACAGUUUGCUGCCUCUGGAAUUGGGUGCAGCAUCUGUGGAUGGAGAACAGAGACUUAAUACCACACCCUCCUUGCUGGAGACGGCUCUGUCGCAGGAGAACGCAGCAGCAGCCGGAGGAUCCUGUUCCGACAGCAGCGUGAACCACACCUGGCCCGCAGCGCCUGAUAUCACACGAGAAACUCGCAACAGCCUGAGAGACAAUGGUUUGGGAGACUGCUCUAGGGAGGAAAUAAAGGACAGACACAUUUCUUCUCCAUACCACAGGCGCACAUAUCACCUGACUCAGAAUGACAGUCAGGAUGCAAGUGCAGAGCAGAGCGAUCAUGAUGAUGAGGUCGCUAGUCUGGCCUCCUCCUCAGGAAAUUGUGGCCCUCGCUCUUCUCACAGACUUCCUGUGAAAGACUGGAAAACAUCUCCCCGCAGCUCCCCUAAGCUCAAGAGGAAGAGCAAGAAGGAUGAAGGAGAGUGCUCGCAGUCUAGACAGAUUGAAAACCAGAUGAGCACAGAGGUGCAGGACGAGCUCCUACAGAUGUUAAGGAGUCAGCAAAGGGAGAUCGCUGAGCUGAGACAGAACCAGCUGGAUCUUCUGCAGAGAGUCACCAGCCACAUGGACGCUGUUCAGAGCUCCAUCAUGGCUCACAUUGAGCACGCCAUGUUGGCUCAGCAGGAGCAAGAACAGAGAAGAAUGGAGAGAAUUUUGGCUGAAGGACAAAGCCGGAACCAACAGCUCCAGGACCAGCUGGUUCAACAGCUCGUCCAGACUCUGAACAACAGUCUCUGCAACAGGCUAGACAAAGUUUUACGUGAAGAAAUGAAGAAGACCGUCCCACAGGCCAUAUCGAAGAGUCUAGACCCUAUGACUGGCCAGAUGAGCAGCACCAUCGCUGCCAAAUUAACCGCAGUGGAAGGAACACUGAAAGAGAAUGUCACCAAAGUUGUUAAAUCCAAGAACACUACAGAUGCUAUCGGUCGCGCUGCUGCAGAGGCCAUGCAGGGCCCCAUCCAGGCGGCCUACAAAGAGACCUUCCAGAGCAUUGUGCUGCCCGUGUUUGAGAGAGGCUGCCAGUCCAUGUUUCAGCAGAUCAAUGACAGCUUCAAACAGGGAACCAACGAGUACAUCCAGCAGCUGGAGACACACAUCAAGAACAGGAAACAGCGGGACCAGGAUGCACGGGAUCCCGUCAUUGGCCAGCUGCAACAGAUGAUUGACACUCUCCAGAAUUCUCAAGACCAGCUGGCCACUACUGUGACGGCCAGCGUGUGCUCUGACGUUCAGCAUCAGCUCCACAUGAUCGUGGGAAAUCUGCAGGACUCAAUCCUGACACAGGUGCAGCGCAUAGUGAAGGGAGAGGUGAGUCUGGCCAUGAAGGAGCAGCAGGCAGCUGUCACCUCCAGCAUCAUGCAGGCCAUGCGCUCAGCCGCAGGAACACCUGUACCCUCUGCACAUCUGGACUACCAGGCCCAGCAGGCCAGCAUACUGCAGUUACUGCAGCAGGGCCAACUUAAUGAGGCCUUCCAACAGGCUUUAUCUGCAGCAGACUUGAAUCUGGUGCUCUACGUGUGUGAGACCAUUGACUCCCAGCAAGUGUUCGGCCAGCAGCCCUGUCCACUCCAUCAGGCCGUCCUUCUGUCUCUCAUCCAGCAGCUCUCCACCAACCUGAGCACACGCACAGAACUCAAGAUCAGCUAUCUUGAAGAUGCUGUAAUGAACCUGGACCACGGAGAUCCGGUCACCAGAGACCACAUGUCUGCAGUGCUGUCCCAGGUACGACAGAAGCUCUUACACUUCCUGCAGCAGGAUGCCCACAGCCCUCUGAGCAAGCGUGCUCGGCGCCUCAUGAUGAUGCUGCAGGGCCUGGUCAGUCACUAGAAGAGCCCCUCCGGACGGCGCAGCUGACAUCUUCACCGACCCCUCAGUCAUUGCUCUGCAGUCUCGUAGAUGACCGUCAUGACCUCAUAGCACCCUGCUGUUCAGUCGCUUUAUCUGUGCUCUGCAGCUUAUUGGCUUUCUCAAGAAGCACUAUUGGGAGUUGUAGUCCAGGCUUGGACUAUAUAUUGGCGGCUUAGGACUACACCCUACCCCAACCCCCCCCAAUCUUUCCCCUCCUUCAUUCUUUCCAGACUAUUUUUGAUUUUGUUUCUCUGCACAUGUGAAAAAUCCUCAGUUUGUGUGCAACACCAUCACGAAUGCAGACCGGGACAUGGGCUACUUCAGUUGUUUUCAUUAUGCGUUCAAUACCAGGAGACCACAACGUGUUUGUUUUUUGUUUUUAUUUUUGUGAUUUUCAUUCUUGAUGCAUCAGGAACAAGACUGUGGAGAGCAUGAGAGAAUGAAGACUGUGACAUUAACACUCCAAAUUUGGUUGGUUUCCUGGCUACUCUGCUUUUUUGUUUUUUGUUUUUUUUGUGGUGGAAUGCCAUCAAACGCUUGCAGACAUGAAGACAUUAUCAUCACCUCAUGAACAUUACAGCCCUGUUGGUUAUUAAUAAAGGUUGUAUUUAGGCCACUUAUCCUUAUCUGACUUAACAGUUUUGCUGAAAAUAAUUUGGCCAAGUUGCUGCGUUUUUUUUUUUUUUUUUUUUUUUUUUUUUAUGUCAAGUGGAGCGUUCCUGGAAUUUUUGUUAAUGCUAUCAGGAUUUGAAAUGGUCAGAAAAACAGUUUAACUUCUGGGCUGUGGCAAAAUCAACCCGUUUUUCAAUCAGCAGAGUCCUGUAAAAUAUAUAAGAGGGCUUAUGUUACCGUGGAAUGCUAACAACAUAGUUAUUUGGAAAUCUUCAAAAGGAACCUUGAGUCUGUAACUUGCAGUACGUCUGUAAGUCUCUAGAGGGCAGGCAUUUAUGUAUCUUCUUUCUAAUUUUAUAUGCUGCUUCUGUGAUUUUUUUUUUUUUUUUUUUUUCUCUCUCUCUCUCUCUCCUCCCAGUUCUGCAGAAUUACACUACAGUGAAUGCAACAAGGCUCUUCUUUUAAAAGAAAAAAUAAUGCAGGCUUUCUUUUCUGUGAAUUUUUUUCUUUCUGUAUUGCAGCACCCAAAUAUUUAAGUGUUGGAAAAAGUGGCUGAGAAUUGACUAUUUUCUGCUCUGUUCUAGUCAGCUGAUUGUAUUUGAUUUAGACCGAGAUGCCAACACUUGUUAUUCAUUAGGAGGGACUAUUUGGUCAUGCCCUCUGAUAAAGGAAGAACAAAAAGAAAGUGCCUUAUCAGACUAUUGCGUAUCAGAUAUUGGUAAUCGGGUCCUCUGACCCUACAUUGGCCGCCACGUAUCUCCAAGCAGAUUUUUUUUUUUCCACUAAAACACGCUAUUGAAGUUAGGAACGGCCAGGUUUGUUACUGAAACAUUUUCUUACAAGUGCUGUAAACUGUGAUCCGAGUUUUAUUUUUUCAGUCAUUUAUUCCUCACAAGUUUCAUGCUAAUGCGAGGAGGAAGUGCCGGCCCCGUUGAUUGUGUUUGUGUUAACACAUUAUUUGUUCCCUUGUCGUCUUUAUUUUUAGAGCUGUGCAUAUUACAUCCAUAGCCAUUUGCAGCAGUCAGUGUGGCUCAUUAGGACAUUUUUACAGGGUGUAGGCAAUGUCCUCUUUUGCUUUUCUCAUAUGUAUUAAAAAAAAAGCUCUUUAACAGACAUGAGCCUGCUGCGCAAUUGAGGUUAAAUCUAAGGCGCUAAUAAGGAUAUAUUAAACUCAGCAUGCUUGCAUGCUAAUGGUGAGAGCCAUGUACUCAAACAAGUUAACCUGUUUUUACGAAUUCAACACCCCGCUUUUGUUUAAGCUUUGUAAACUGUUUCAUCUUCAUUUCUCUUUCUUGCGUAGUAUAGAGUCCAGCAAAGACGACCCAUGAUCGAAUAGAUUGUCUGAUUCAGUUUUAUGUUACGUCACGUCCUUUUUCAGUUUUAAGAUGUUGCAGUUCAAGGUUAAUUGCUUUUCAGUACUGUUUUAGACAUGUCUGACGAUGUCUGGGUUACUAUACUAAUACACAAUGCCUUCGGUUUUUGAGGCGUACAAACCUUUUUUUUUUCUUUGUUCCCUGUCAAGAGGUUCACAUUGCAGGUUGUGUAUGACAAUUUAAUUGUUUGUAAUUUUUUCCUUUUUGUGUUUUGAUUUUUGCUUCCUUGUGUUUGAAAUUCUGUUGUAUAUUUUACACUCAUUUCUUUCAUCCUAGACGUUUUGGAAUAAAAAAAGGAAAACAUUGUUCAAUGUUCA